AAAAGAGGCAACGCCAAAAAGAGAGAGAGAGAGAGAGAGACUGCAAGCCUUUGUCAAAGAAGAGAAAGAAGGAUACUAGGCCAAGAAGAUGGCUGAGAGCUCCGCAAGAAGCAAAUGGGUCUUCCUUGUUAUGCUUAUCUUCGCUCAUUUCUCCACUAUAACACUAGCUGAAGAUGGACUGGUAGCAAAUGGAGAUUUCGAGACUCUACCGUCUAAUGGCUUACCAAGCGAGGCAAUAUCGGAUGGGCACGCCGAGGUCCCCAGCUGGAGAACCAACGGCAAGGUGGAGCUGGUAUCGUCCGGGGAAAAAGUUAGCGGCGGGAUGAUCCUCAUCGUGCCCCGAGGGAGGCACGCCGUUAGAUUGGGCAACGACGCGGAGAUCAGCCAGGAACUGACGGUUGAGAAAGGGUCCACGUACGCAGUUACUUUCAGUGCGGCCCGCACGUGCGCUCAGCUGGAAUCAUUGAACGUGUCCGUGCCACCUGCAUCGCAUAUGGUAGACCUCCAGACAUUGUACAAUGUGCAAGGAUGGGACCCCUACUCGAUUUCUUUCGAGGCGGAGGAGGAUAAAGUGCGGUUGAUUUUUAGGAACCCGGGCAUGGAAGAUGACCCAGAAUGUGGCCCCAUUAUUGAUGAUAUUGCCAUAAAAAAUCUUGUUACUCCUGACAAACUCAAAGACAAUGCAGUAGUUAACAGUGGCUUUGAGUUUGGCCCUUGGAUGUUCCAAAAUGUAUCUCUUGGUGUCCUGCUUCCAACCAACCUUGACGAAGAGACAUCACCGGUACCAGGAUGGAUGGUCGAAUCAAUCAGGGCGGUUCGAUACAUUGACUCCAACCAUUAUGCAGUCCCAGAAGGCAAACGUGCCGUGGAGUUAGUCUCAGGCAAGGAAGGCAUCAUUUCUCAAAUGGUCGAAACCACACCAGACAAACUAUACAGCUUGACCUUUUCUUUGGGCCAUGCUAGGGACAAAUGCAAGGAACCACUAGCUGUUAUGGCCUUGGCAGGAGAUCAGGCUCAAAAUUUUCACUACACGCCUGACUCUAACUCCACCUUCCAAGUUGCUAGUGUCAACUUCACAGCCAAGGCCGAGAGAACACGUAUCGCCUUCUACAGUGUGUAUUAUAAUACAAGAACCGAUGACAUGAGCUCACUGUGUGGUCCGGUGGUGGACGAUGUUCGGGUGUGGUUUUCAGGGUCCAGUAGAAAUGAGGUCCGGGCAUUAUUAGGGCUUGGACUUGCUUUUUGGGCGUACCUUCUGGUUUUGGUUUAGAGUUGGAUAACUUUGUUAUAAUGGUCAUGUUAUGCGUUCUAUAUAUGUGCAAGGUUUUCAUUUUAAGGCAUGGUAAUUGCUAUUAGAGGCAAAAAUAUCCCAAGUUUCUAUUGUAUGGUAUCUUCUUUCUGAUGAGAUCGGUGCAUUAGUGCUGUUACAAUAGCAUUUUUUUUCUUUCUUUCUUUGUGAGUUUUGCUUUGAGAAAUGAGAAUGGAUUAAGUUGCAUU